AUAAACAACUGAUCGGAAAUGAUAGGUGCUCGUUGGGUAGGCGCAGUAGGCGUGUUAUUUAGCGCCUUGUUUACUGGGGUUCUUUAGUAUAUUCUAACCAAACAUGUCCGACGAGGCUCCUUUCCCUGAAGACACUUUACUGUUUGAUCAUCAAAUAGCGGGGCAUGUGCACGGAAGUACGAAAACGAGACUGGGGCUGUUAAAGCACAAGGACGGUUCGAUCCUAAAACCCCUCGUCAGAAGCGACGAGAGGACUCUACGAGAACAGAAGUUCUACGAGCGCAUCUUCCAGUCCGACGACUGCCCUCCUGAACUCAUCGCCUUGAGAGCCUUCGUACCCAAGUACAAGGGCGUUUGGAAGACCAACAUCAACAGAGAAGAAGUGGAGUACCUCAAGCUGGACGACCUUGCUAGGGUGUUUCGGAAGCCCAGCAUCAUCGAUGUGAAGAUCGGUGCCAAGACAUACGACCCUCUGGCAAGCGAAGAGAAGGUGGCCCUAGAGACCAGCAAGUACCCCUGGAGUCAGCAGAUCGGCUUCCGCAUUUUGGGCAUGCGAGUGAGUGUUUUCGACACCACCGAGCAGAAGUACAGAGUCUACGGAAAGGACUACGGCCUGCGGCAGACUCCAGACACAGUGCUCGAAGCGUUCCAGACGUUUCUUGGGGCAUCGCAAGAGUGGUCGCCUCCCUUCCUCCCCGAGCUGAUGCUCCAGUUGGAAGACAUCCGGAGCUGGUUUGAAAACCAGAGGCUGUACGCCUUUUACUCCAGCUCCCUGCUGCUGAUGUACGACGCUCCCAACAGCGACGAGGCCCCGGGAAGGGUUCCACGGUGCGCCGCCAAGAUGAUAGACUUUGCGCACGUGUUCCCCACGGCAGAACGGGACUGCAACUACCUGAUGGGGCUGCAAAGCCUCAUGGCCUUCCUGUACAGGAUUGCCAAGGCGUAGCCCCGCUCGCAAUCGUGCUCGGUUUGUGCCCCCCGGUCGCUUCUCCAGUUGCCGCCGAAACGUUCGAUCGACUGAGCGAUUCUUUCCUCGAUUGUUGAAACGGGUCAACGGGGCGAGUUGCAGCGCGAGGGCAGGGAACCGAGAACUCGGAUUCUGCGAUGUGAUAAGAGGGGCUCUGCCUCUGCAGUAAAGGCUCGUUCACACACUUGCGACUGCUUACGACCAACCGCAUUAUUUUUUCAUCAUUGGCUCGAAAAACUUUUGGCAGUGUUAUGGGCGACCAUUUCUCAUAGAUAGUACAUACAUUUGAUCUUGCAAAUAUUGCAGAAUCUUUUCCCUAGUGAAACAUAAUUUCGGGGCAACCUCGUAGGUGGCGCCAGCAGGGUUCUCUCGUCAUAGGAUACCAGAAAAGGUUGUAAUACACUCGGUCGUAAGUAUGUGAACAAGCCUCGAGGAUUCAGUGUGCAAAUCCUGCCAGUAAGGGAAGGCGUCUUCGGCGCAACAGACGCAUCACGCUUUGCAAUAAUUGCGCUUGUGCGUUUCUUUUUCGAAACUGAGUGGAAACAUUUUUUUUAAAAUAGUCUCAAAAGAAGCAAAGUUUUUGGUGUAGUAUUGGGAAAGACGAACUGCAAAGCUUUUACGGCCCAGUAUACAAUGCGCUUUUGGCCGUGUCAAGCAAAUCGUUCCAGGUGCCCUUCUUCAGAGUCCUCACUACUUGAUAAAUAGGGGCUAGCAUUUGUUGCCCUGGAAUCGCUACUUUUGCAAUAGACCUAUUGCUAAAUUACACAAGCAACAAGGAGAAUGCAGGGAAUGGUGUUCCACGUGCCCCACGUGCUGGCGUCUGCAGCAGUAACUGUUCUAAAGCAAAAGCCUAAAACAAAUGGCAUCGUGCAUGCGCGUUCAUCAACACUUUAUUUUGGUUAUUUACUUUGAAUCUUUUAUACGGGAGGGCGUGCACGUGCGGCGCGUGGAACACCAUUCUCUGCGUUCUCCUUGAUGCUUGGGUAAUUUAGUAAUAGGUCUUUUAGAAACCGGUGACACUGCCCGCAAAAAAGGUGAUCAAAUUUUUUAUUUUUUUUUAUUUGAACAAGCGUUUAGGAGGGUGGUGGAAAAGGCGGCUCGUGUUACCAGACAAGGCCUCAUCCCCUUGUGCAGUUCGGUGGCACAGCAACAAAAAUCUGCAACUGAAUACAGGCCAACGCGCUCUUUACAAACAAAGUCACUGCGCGCACGCAGGACCGAUUUUAGCGUGGAGCGCUGCACCCUGCCAAUAGCAGGCCCACCGCAGCUGCGAGACGUCAGGGCCGCGUCUUGGUGUACGAAUUUUUAAGAUGUAAAGUGACAUUUAAUAUAUGACUAAAUAAUACAAUUACCUUAUACACUUUUACACAAUAUAUAACGUUUCUAACAUGACAGAGUUUUGUGAAUAUUUUACGCCAAAAGUAAGAGAUGCGUUUUGUUUAAAUGAUGUUAAAUUUGUAUUGUUUUGGAGCUAUGGAUCAUGCAGACAAAAACUGAGGGAGGAGGAGACUGGAGCGUGCAAAGACGUCGGAACGCCGAGCUCUGGUUGGACGGAAUAGUGGGUAGACUCGAAGCUACCUGCCUUGGUCUCCACUGCACUCGUCGAACGGAUUGGAGUGCGGAACAGACACGUUCGGCGAGUGCAGUGAAGACAAAGGCAGCUAGCUUUGAGCCUACUUACCAUAAUCAUUCCAACCAGAGCUCAACAUCCCCGCACUAUCUUGUCUCCUCUCCCUCACUUUCUGCCUGCAAUAUUAUUUCUGGGUUGGGGUUUAAUAGCUGUGAAAUUCGAUGAGCCAAUGCCAGCGACAUUCCACUCUGGCAGCUAUACUACAAUGCAGUCUGGUCAGUGUUGAUCAGACAAGCAACAGAAAACUGCCACUGGUAGGUGUUUUCAUUUAUUGUGGCCACAUUGAACUUGAAAGUGGCUUGCUUUGCUUGUGGUCCCUGAAACACUUAACCAAGAUGCAACUGUGGCCCCGAGCAAACCAAUAAAUGUCUUACUUUUCUGCCCCAGA